AUAAUAAAGAAACGCUAAUAAAAUGGUAAUUAAUUUGGUAACGGAAUCGUGUUUUGGUAAUAAACUAUUAAGUACGUAUAUAAAAAAAGGUUUGACUCCCUUGACAUUUCUCACUCCACCGUCGUCUUCUUCCAUGGCGAUAGCCGCAGCCGCCGUAACGCUUCCCCUCAGGGCUUCCAAUCGCCGACCUUUGUCUUCCUCCUUCACCGUUCCGUUCAAUUUUUCUCAUUACACGCCGUCAUCCUCGCGACGGCAUACUCUGAGUUUCUCCGUUCGGCUCUCUUCUCUCCGCAUUUCGGCUGCUCUGUCAAUGAGCACGGAAGCUACGGAGAAAGCUUAUCCGGCUUCGUUUCUUGAUCGCAAAGUAGGUGGAUAUAUUCACUUCGCAAAGUACCAUGGCCUCGGCAACGAUUUCAUACUGGUUGAUAACAGAGAUUCUGCAGAACCUAAAAUCACCCCUGAGCAGGCUGUGAAACUGUGUGACAGAAAUUUUGGCAUUGGUGCCGACGGGGUGAUUUUCACAAUGCCUGGCACCAAUGGGACUGAUUAUACCAUGAGGAUAUUCAAUUCUGAUGGCAGUGAGCCUGAGAUGUGUGGUAAUGGAAUUCGAUGCUUUACCAAAUUCAUAUGCGAGCUUGAGAAUCUACAUGGAAAGCAAAGCUUCACUGUACACACUGGAGCUGGCUUGAUUGUUCCUGAGAGACACGAAGACGGAAAGGUUAGGGUUGAUAUGGGUGAGCCCGUUCUCAAGGCAUCAGAUGUUCCCACAAAAUUAUUGGCAAAUAAAGAUCAAUCUGUUGUUAAAGGAGAACUGGAGGUUGAUGGAACUACUUGGAGUGUGACAUGUGUUAGCAUGGGAAAUCCUCACUGUGUAACUUUUGGUACAGGAAACAAGGAUUUGCAAGUGGAUGAGAUGAACUUGGCAGAAAUUGGUCCAAAGUUUGAAAAUCACGUUAUGUUCCCUGCACGAACUAAUACUGAAUUUGUGCAAGUGUUGUCUCCGACGCACCUUAAAAUGCGUGUCUGGGAGCGUGGUGCAGGUGCAACCCUGGCUUGUGGAACUGGAGCUUGUGCUGUAGUUGUUGCUGCCGUGCUUGAGGGCCGUGCUAGAAGGCGGUGUACUGUCGAUUUACCUGGCGGGCCACUUGAGAUUGAAUGGAAGGAGGAUGACAACCAUGUGUAUAUGACUGGCCCAGCAGAUAUUGUCUUUUAUGGAACUGUUCCUCUCUAAAGCCACCAGCUCCCAUACCACUUAACUAUAUUUAUUCUCCAUUUUGGGCAUUGCAUUAGUCUUUAAAACUUUCCUGAACUUCAUAUCCAAUUUUCUUCAUGUAGUUCACUAGUUCCAUGAUGCAAUGCUUAACUUCUGAGAACAUGACAUGCCAUCUCCACUGGCUUUUCUGUAGUACUGAGAUGUUGUACCACAAAAAAAAACAUUUUUCGUCAUUUAAAUUUGUUAUAAUGCUCUCAAUUUAGACAUAUGUGCUUGGAUGUUUUGUACUGG